GUGGGAUGUUCCUCGCCACAGGAAGCACUGAUCACAUCAUCAGGGUCUACUACUUUGGGUCAGGUCAACCAGAGAAGAUCUCUGAGUUGGAGUCCCACACAGACAAAGUUGACAGCAUCCAAUUUUCACAUUGCAGUGACAGGUUUGUGAGCGGCAGCAGAGAUGGGACGGCUCGCAUCUGGCAGCUGCAGCCUCAGGGCUGGAAGAGCAUUCUGCUGGACAUGCAGACCAAAUUACCCGGGGUCACGAGGAUGAGGUGUUCGUCCUGGAACCGCAUCCGUUUGAUCCAAGAAUCCUUUUCUCAGCCGGCCAUGAUGGGAACUGUAUUGUGUGGGAUCUGGCUAGAGGAGUCAAGAUCCGCUCUUAUUUCAACAUGAUUGAGGGUCAAGGACACGGAGCGUUGUUUGACUGUAAAUGUAGUCCUGAUGGGCAGCACUUUGCAGCCACUGACUCCCACGGUCACCUGCUCAUCUUUGGCUUUGGUUCCAGCAGCAAGUAUGACAAGAUAGCGGACCAGAUGUUUUUUCACACCGACUACCGGCCACUGAUCCGGGACGCCAACAAUUACGUGCUGGAUGAGCAGACUCAGCAGGCGCCACACCUAAUGCCCCCUCCUUUCCUGGUGGACGUGGACGGGAACCCUCACCCCCCCAGAUACCAGCGUCUGGUUCCUGGCAGGGAGGGCUGCAGAGACGAGCAACUGAUCCCUCAGAUGGGGGUCACCUCUUCAGGCCUGAACCAGGUGGUGAGUGAGCAGGCGGUGGACGGUCCRAGUCCUCUGGACACCAUGAUUCAGAGGCUGCAGCAGGAGCAGGACCAAAGGCUUGGAAUGAAUGAUGCCUCUGCUGCUGCAGCUGCUGCGAUAAACACCAGGUCCAGCAGAGGAUCAGUGGGUUCACCCACAGAGGUGCACUCUCCCCCCAACGUUGGUUUGCGGCGCAGCGGGCAGAUAGAAGGUGUUCGACAGAUGCACAGCAACGCCCCCCGCAGCCAGAUGGCCACCGAGGGAGACCUGGUGGCCUGGAGCCGCAGGGUGCUCGUUCCUGAGCUGGAGGGGGCCUUUGUCAGGAGGCAGGUGAACUGGCGUGAGGCUAAAGGGGAGGAGGAGAUCAACAUCUAUCAGUCAGAAAGAAGGAGGCGUACAAUCCACUCACUGCCCAAAGAGAGCAGGGUUCACCCCACGUCAGAGUGUGUGGCUGAGGAGGGGAGGAAGAGUCAGGGAAACCACGGCUAUCAAACCCGAGCUGCCAUGGAGGAGACGAGCCGUCAGAGCGCCGAGGCUGCUGAUGAGGACGAUAGUGCCUCAGAGGUUGAUGGCGAGGUGGAGGUACGGCAAAUCAACGGAUACUCCUCAGAGGAAGAAAAAGAGGAGGAGGAAAAGGAGCCGUGGCCAGAUGACCACAGUAGUUCAAGUGAUUACUCCAGCGAUUACUCGGACUGGACAGCGGACGCAGGGAUCAACCUGGAGCCGCCCAAGAAGAGCGUCAAAGUGAAGAAGAAGAACAGCAGCUCUGAGGAGGAUGGAGAGAAGAAGAGGGAAGGGAAGAAAGAGAAGAAGAAAGACAAACCUGACAAAGAUGGUUCGCCACCAAAGAAGACAAAACCAAAGGAGAAGAGGAAGAGGACUGAGUUUCAGGAACAGGGUCUGACUCUGGAGGAAUGGCUUCCCUCUGCCUGGAUCACAGACACAGUUCCUCGGAGAUGUCCUUACAUACCUCAGAUGGGAGACGAGGUGUACUACUUCCGACAGGGUCAUGAAGCGUACGUGGAAAUGGCCAAACAAAAAAAGAUUUACAGCAUCAAUCCUAAGAAACAGCCCUGGCAUAAGAUGGAGCUACGGGAACAAGAGUUGAUGAAGAUUGUCGGCAUCAAGUAUGAGGUUGGUUUGCCGACACUGUGCUGCCUGAAACUAGCCUUUUUGGACCCGGACACCGGGAAGCUGACAGGAGGCUCGUUCUCCAUGAAAUAUCACGACAUGCCUGAUGUUAUUGAUUUCUUGGUGUUGCGGCAACAGUUUGACAACGCCCGAAAGAGACAGUGGAGUAUCGGUGACAGGUUUCGGUCAGUGAUUGAUGAUGCCUGGUGGUUCGGGACCAUUGAAAGCCAAGAACCGUACCAGUCUCAGUAUCCUGACAGCUUGUUUCAGUGCUACAACGUCUGCUGGGAUAAUGGAGACACGGAGAAGAUGAGUCCUUGGGACAUGGAGCUCAUCCCUGAUGAUGCCACGUUUCCUGACGAGUUGGGCACAAGCGUUCCGCUGACAGAGGACGAGCAGAAGCAGCUGCUGUACGUCCCUCAGGACGGAGAAUGGGGCUGCCACACACGCGCAGAAGAGUGCAAGCGCAUCAUUAAAGCCAUCGACCAGCUCUGCACACUCGAUGUGGCGGCACCGUUUGCCUUCCCGGUGGAUUUACAAGCGUACCCGACGUACUGCACAGUGGUGGCCUACGUCACCGACCUCAGCACCAUACGCCAACGGCUGGUGAAUCACUUCUACAGACGGCUUUCCUCGUUGAUGUGGGAGCUUCGCUACAUAGAACACAACGCCCAGACGUUCAACGAGCCAGGAGCGUUCAUUGUCACCACCGCCAAGUUCAACUCUGACCUCAUGCUGGCGUUCAUUAAGGACCAAAGUCUGACGGACCUCAUGCCUCUCUACAGAACCAUGAAGAAGGCCACUUUCUCUGACUCUGAAGACGAGGACGAUGAGGAAGACGACGAAGAUGUUAAUACUCCUGGAACAUCAACACAGAACCAUAAGGGCCGUCAGCCCAUGAAACGCCAGCUGCGAGCUCGCCCUCAUUCGUACGAUCCUCACGCCUGGAAAGGACGAUGUAAAGAGCUGCUGGACCUCAUCUUUCAGUGUGAAGACUCUGAACCCUUCAGAGAACCUGUGGACCUGCAGGAGUACCCGGACUACCUGCAGAUCGUUGACUCUCCGAUGGACUUUGGCACGGUUCAAAAGAAGCUGACUGAAGGAAAAUACCAGUCUCCCAUUGAGCUCUGCAAAGACGUCCGGCUCAUUUUUAGCAAUUCCAAAGCUUACACUCCCAGUAAGAAGUCGCGGAUAUACAGUAUGAGUCUGAGGCUUUCUGCUCUGUUUGAGGAGCACAUCAGCUCCAUCCUGUCUGACUACAAAGCCAUCCACGGCAUGACAGAUAAACUGACCCGGAGAGGCACGGACAGACCGACACGACACACUACGGACAGACAAACACGACACACUAUGAAGAGGAGGAGGAGCGAAUCACCCACAAGCAGCAGCGCGUCAAGCCCAGAGAGGAAAAGGCGCGUGUCGUCCAGGGUGACGGCAAAGAGGGAGCCGACCCCGCCUCCUGCUCGGCCACCUUCUCUAAGGCAGAGCGUCCCCCUGAAACAGGCUCCUCAGCUGGUCAAUGGUAAAGUGGAAACAGCGACUCCAGGACGAACGCGCAGCGCUGCACGCCACAACAGGCACUCAUCUCCUUCAUCACAGAACGCUACGAACAACACGCCGAACACAGGGGAAUCCUCUCGCUCGCUGCGKACUCAUACUUCUGUUCGAGCUUCAACACCACCAGCUCCUGACAAAGUGACCCCCACCCAGCCAGCAGAGGGCAGCAGUGGAAGUACCCGUCGGAAACUCAGGACACCUGUGCGACUCUCGCCUGGCUCGCCCACCAGCCCUUCGCCUCAGAGCACGGUCCAGCUGAACGGCCACAGCAGUCAUGUGACCGCCGGCGUGGGAAGAAAGGGGAGGAAGUCCAGAACCGAAUCACCGGUGAGCCCGCCCGAAAUCCCAACCCCGGCCAGCCCUUCCAGACCCCGAGGACGACCGCCUGGCAAGAAGAGAGGCAGGAAGAGCAAGCAGGAGCUGGAGGAGAUGAGACAGAGCAGCACCCGCAGGAGCUCCACCCCCGACGACGACCAGGACCACUCCACAGGCGACGAAGGCGGCGCCUCUUCUGCGCCGGACGCUUCGGCGCUGUCGGACUCAGGUGCGACGCCGGUGCCUAGACGGCGAGGACGGCCCCGGCUGGUAAAAACCGAGGAGGCCGCACCUCCCGCCGAGUCGCCCGAGCCCUCGCCACUGAGGAGGAGCAGCAGGAGGGCUAACGAGGAGCUCACGCCCAGUCCUCAAAACGCCUCACAGAGAUCGAGCCAAAAGGAGUCUCCGAAGGGCGAAGCAGGGGAGGCGGAGGUAGGUUCCAUGCGCACGCGCAACCAGGGCCGACGGUCAGCCUGGUACAUGGAGGAGGACUCUGAGGAGGAGCAGAGGCAGCUGCUGUUUGAGGACUCGUCAAUAACGUUUGGCACCUCCUCAAAGGGGCGUGUCCGCAAACUGACAGAAAAGGCCAAAGCCAACCUUAUAGGCUGGUAAAGAACUGACAGGUGAGCUGGAGGGCUCACCGAUGCUGCGGAGGAGUUCCAGGCUCUCUGUUGAAGGUUCUCAGUGCA